UGGUGCCAUUGCCGUGCGUUGGAGUGGAAGAGCGAGCGUGGCGAUCUAGGGCUGCAACGGAAACACGCAUGGAGAAAGCAAUAAUACUGUAAUGUCGAGGAGACACGAGGAGGUCGCGUUGUUGUGGUCACGAAAAGCCGGCUCGGUUAACUCUCCCGCCGCCGAUCCGAGCCAAUUCCAACCUCACACCACCACGUGCCGUCUUCGUCCGUCCAUUUUCCAUCUCUCCUGUCUCCUGCUAAUGCUUUUCGCGAGGCGCUUGCGAGCGAAGCCCACUUGGCCAAUAUUUCUGUCUCCUGCCGAGAAAUCCUCCCCGCCAAGAGCGCGUCAGCUCCGCCGCGGACCGACCGUUUCAGGGGACCGCUUUCGGAAACGGCCAGGCCAUGGCAGAACUUUGUUCCGGCGCCGACGAUAUUGUUCGCGAUGGCAUUGCUUGGUCGUCCAUUUCAAGACAGUGAUUGGGAUGACUUUGUUCAUUUUUAGUCAUAGGUACUAGCUAGCGCGUUUUGCUUACGAGACGGGGCUUGCAAUUCAAUUUCCCUAUGCUA